CAUUCAUCAAUAGUUACAAAAAUGGCUUCCAAUAUGGAUAGUUCAAUUAAUAAAGGAUCAGAUUUGGUCAUUGAAUUUUCUUGUUUUAGCUGUCAAGAAAAUGGCAGUAACAUAGAGGCUGAAUUUUACUGUUUAGAAUGUUCUACAUUUUACUGUAGUAAAUGUGUGGAGCAUCAUAACGUUCUUAACAAGAAGCAUGCAAUUUUGGGCAAGGAAUACAUCAGCCAGUGGCCUGAGUCUAAUGUGGGUGACCUAGAGCAAUGUCAGCAACACAGGAAAGAAAAAUUGACAGGAUUCUGUGAGGACCACAGUGAGCUGAUAUGUCAUGCCUGCCGUAUCAACAAUCAUCAGAAAUGCAGUGAUGUAGUUUUUAUAGCUGACAAAGUAAAAGACCUCCAUCAAAAUGCAGACUUCAAUAAGUUGUCAGCAAUUGUUGAUGAACAAAACUGGCGGUUGAUGUAUAAGAUAGUUGGUUUUGGGGAAAAUAUGAAGUCUCUUGAAAAAUCUUACGAAACUAUUCUGGGAGAAAUCAAUGCUUUUCGAAAGCAUACAAAUCAUUCUUUGAAAAAACUGGAAAAGAAUACUAAGGAUGAAUUGGCCACAUAACGGGAUAUCACCAGGUCAUCUAUUCAAACUGACAUCGAAAACUGCACUCAGUACAUCAAACAAAUAACAAGCUUAAACGAAGAUUGGCUCAGAAGAAAAGAGAAAAGUGAUGCACUGAGUUUUAUAAAGUAUAGACAACUUCUUGACCAGUCUCUCAAGGUAGAUGCAGUUUUACAAGAAAUGGAAACAAAUAAUGAGAGGAAACUGAAAUUUAAUCCUGACACAAUCAUCCAACACACCCUGUCGACUCUCUCAAGAUUGGGAACAAUACUGAACACAGGAGCCUCACAGAAUAAACCUAAAGAAUCAAGUGAAGUAAACAAGACUGAUCCAAUCAUAAAAGUGAAGAGUAGCCAGAAGUAUGGUGUGAAGACAGACAGCGAUUUAAGCAAGAUUGGAUGCUUUUUAACAGGUAUAUGUGAGACAUCUGCUGGACAACUCAUUAUAACAGACCGCAACAACGGUAAAGUGAAGCUGCUGGAUCAGACCUACAAGGUGGUGGCCCAU